CGACGAAAUUCGGAUUCAUCUGAACCAGGAAGCCGUGUCUGCCAUGAUAGACGAUCGGUGUCAGGAUGCAGUAAUGCUGUGCGUGGAAGCCCACAAGGAUCUGCAGGCGGACUGUCGGACUGAAGGUGAGUUGGCGACCAGUUCCAAUGUCGAGCCCAACACACUCGGAGCCGAGUUAGCAGUCGUAAGCGACUCCCCGGUGAAAGCGGUCAUGUCGGCGUCAUUGGAAACUGCGGGGGCUCGGAUGAAUCCGAACCAGGGCCCUGUGAACAUCUCCCUCCCUGAUGCAUCUUUGGAGACGACCGUGAUUCGGAUUUAUCUGAGGCACACGGACGAAGGACUUCAACUGGCAGGCGUUGAGGGUUGUCGACUACUGACGACUUUGGACAAGGACAAUUCCGCCGACGACCAGUUUGAUCCGAUACUCACCGACGUCGGGAUGGAGCUGCCAGUUCAGCCGGGAUACGACGAUCCCUUGUACUCCGCCCUUCACAACGAGGCGAUGGGGGAUGACGUUCUGAAGAAGGUCUCUGACGCUGUUGGAGGUAGAUUUCUCUAUUUGAGUGACGACGACAAAGACACAGCGUACGGGUACAAGAAGUUAAGGGGGGGAGAGGUGUUGUUGGACAUCCAUGGGACAUUGAGCCCAACACAAUACGACACAGUGGCAAUGGAGAAAACACAACCUGUCGAUGUUGUGGACGUCGACGAUCUUUGUCCGGAGAUGAAUAUACCGUCUACGGUCAUCGAUGCCGACAUCUCGAGCCUGUCAAGUUUCCCUGUGGGUUUGGAGCACGUCGUCGCCGCAUCGACGCGCGCAGGGGUGCCAAUCGUGCUGGGACUGUCGUCGGUGGGCUCUGGUGAAGUGGUAGCUAGGCCUGGGUUUCCUCGAGAUGGAAGAGCGGUCCUUGAAGACAUUAUCUGCUCCCGGUUGCCACUCACUAUCAUCGUCGUGCGUUUGCCGUCGCACAGUUUACAGGUAUCCGUCAAGGACAUCGUCACACUCGUGGAUAGAUCCGGGGAGCUCAACGAUGAGGUUGUCAAUUUCUACAUGGCGAUGCUGCUGGACGAUUGCGGCCGGACUGCCGCUACCAUGAAGACAUACACCUUUAACUCCUUCUUUGCCUCUUCACUGCUUCUGCGAGGUCUGGCAGCUAUUCUUAGAUGGGCUAAAGAUGUCGACCUCCUGUCUCAUGACCUCGUCUUGGCACCAGUGCACAAGGAUGGCGAACACUGGAGCCUUUUCGCCAUUGACUUCUCUAGACGUGUUUUGGAAAUCUAUGAUUCUUUCUCAUGUUCGUCAUCCAAAGAUUUCUUCUACUCCGCACUUCUGGAUAAAACUGUUAAAUUUUUUAGCACGGUGGCAGGUGCCGCCGGUGAUGGUCGCACUUUCGACCACUUCGCUCGAGAAGUCAGCGUGAAAGGUGUCCCUCGGCAGCACGACGGGGCUAGUUGUGGGGUGUUCAUGUUGAUGUUCGCUUCCUGUUUAGCGAGAGGUUUACGUCCACCUUUUGGUUUCUCCCAUAGACACAUCUCCUCUAUCAGAGCUAGACUAGCUUUGGCGAUCUGCGAUGUUGGUAGAGACUUCAUCGAACUUUCACUGUGUUUGGCGGAAGUACGGGUGGCGUGGACGAGGGACGAGAGCAAUUAUCCGCGGUCUGAGCGAUUGGAGCUCCUUUUGAUUCAGGCGUGGCGGACGGAAGUAGAGGGGGACCUUCUCGGUUUUCUAUUCGGGGCAGUGCGUCCAAGCUGUCGGAGGCUUCUCACCCAGGAGCUUACGGUCCCCAUUGCGCAGCUGGCCGACCAUCUUGACGUCAGCAUUGUCUCCCAGGUCGACCCGCGCUUGGUGCCCCACGUCACCUUGCGCACGCUGUUGCCGUAUCUUCAGUGGUCAGCUUGGAUGGAGGGCCUCCCAUCGAGAAUUCCGCCUUCACGUUUGGAUUAUUUGGAUCCGCGCGACAUCGUGGAUCCCGCUUUCUACAGAACGUCGUACGAGGACGAAUUGGAGGAGAUAAUCCUCGAGGAGCUCGUGGAAGAAAGUUCGGAGGAAGAGGAGGAGAAUCUGAACGAAGACGAAGGGGAGUCGGCACAGCAACAAGAAGGAGACGAAGACGAGCUCCUGCAAACGGAGAGCGAAGAGGAAGCAGAAGAAGAAGACAGCGAGCAAGGGAGCGGGGACGACAACGACGAGGAGCAGGCCGACGAGGAUCCCCAACUAGAAAUUGCGCUGGUGGCUGAUCUUCCGAUCAGCAACGAUCCAACGCUCGACCCGGAGCCACCUCAGCCAGAUGACGGCCAUGUGGCCCACGUGGCUGGGCCGUCCGCUCGCCGGCCUCCUUCCCCACCGCGACGCCGAUGACGAGGCUGCUCCCCCUCCGCCCUCCUCUCCCUCGCGGCCCGUCCCCCACUUC